AUGAAAAAAAACAAAAUCAAAGAUCCUUUUGCAUAUAAACUUGUCCAUAUAAUAUGUUUUUUCUUAACCAUUUUACCACAAAUAUCAAACUGUCAACCCCAACAACCUCUUCCUGCUCAUAACUAUUCCGUUUGUAGGGAACAAUUCUAUAACUGUAAUAAUAACGACCUAUCCAACAUCUCUUAUCCAUUUUGGGGAAAUCGCAGACCCUCUUACUGCGGCGGUGGCGAGCUUUUUAAACUUAACUGCUUUAUUGAUGAAAAGAAAAAUGGCACUACUACAAUUCUAUUAGGCUCACAAAACUUCACAGUACGAAGUAUUGACCUCAAAACUUACACUAUGAAAUUAUCGCGAACCGAUCUUUCGAACGGCGCCUGUAGUCCUCAAUUCGAUAAUAAUUACUUGAGUCCAACUAUUUUCCAGUUUCCAACAAGAACACACAACAUAAGCAUAUUCUACCAUUGUUCAUCUGAUGUCUUGUCCUUUGCUAACUACCAAUCUUUGUGUGGAUCUCAGAAUAGUGCAAUCUGUUUUGAUGAUGCAAAAGGUAAGAUUUUGGAACAAACUCCAGAGUUAAAGGGAUGUGGCAGGCAUAUCAGAGUGCAAGCAGAUUUUGCUUUUGUGCCUAGUACUAAUUUUGGUGUAAUUGGAAGUGAUGAUCUUCAACAAAUUUUAGAUGAGGGGUUUCAGGUGAAAUAUAAUGUGAAUGAAGAGUGCAUAAAAUGUUUGGGAAGUGAAGGGUAUUGUUGGAAUAAUACCAGUGGUCUUGAUAAUUAUCAAUCUUGCUAUUAUAUUUAUACCCCUGAUGGUGAACAUGAUUCCUCUAACACACAUUCUGUUCUCAAAGGUAAUAAUCUGUGGAGCUGGCAUUGGAAAAUGAAAAUCAUUCUAGGAAGUGCAGGUGCAGCAUUAGUAGGAUUACCCAUAUGUAUCAUUAUCUUUUGUUUCAAGUACAAGUCAAGAAAGAAUGACAGAGAAAUUGAAGCAUUCUUAAAAACACAUGAUGCCUUGAGUGUUAGAAGAUACAAAUUUUCACAUAUAAAGAAAAUGACCAACAACUUUAAAGUCAAACUAGGAGAAGGUGGUUACGGUUCUGUAUACAAUGGAAAACUACUCAAUGGUUGCCCUGUUGCCGUAAAGAUAUUGAAGACAUCCAAAGGAACUGGUGAAGAAUUUAUGAAUGAGGUUUCUAGUAUUACUAAAACCUCACACGUUAAUGUUGUCACCCUGCUUGGAUUUUGUUUUGAAGGCCGAAAAAAAGCUUUGAUAUAUGAACUAAUGUCCAAUGGUUCCCUCGACAAAUUUAUUUACAACAAGGGAUCUGAAACCAUUCCAUCUUUGAGUUGGGAGGUUCUUUUUCAAAUUGCAAAAGGGAUAGCUCGAGGGCUAGAGUACUUGCAUAGGGGAUGUAGCACUCGAAUUUUACAUUUUGACAUCAAACCGCAUAACAUUCUUUUAGAUGAUAAUUUUUGUCCAAAAAUAUCAGAUUUUGGGCUAGCAAGACUUUGCCUCAAGAAAGAGAGCAUUAUUUCAAUGUCAGAUGCUAGAGGAACAAUGGGAUAUGUAGCUCCUGAGUUGUGGAAUAGAAAUUUUGGAGGUGUUUCGCACAAAUCUGAUGUUUAUAGUUUUGGGAUGAUGCUAAUGGAAAUGGUUGGAGGGAGGAAAAACAUUAAUGCUGAUGCGAGUCAAACAAGUGAGAUAUACUUUCCUCAUUGGGUAUACAAGAGAUUUGAUCUAGAAAAUGAAUUUAGACCGGGCGAUGUCAUUACCGCAGAAGAAGAUGAGAUUGCAAAGAGAAUGACCAUUGUAGGCUUAUGGUGCAUUCAAACAUUUCCGAAUGACAGACCUACGAUGAGCAGAGUGAUUGAAAUGUUAGAAGGCAAUGUGAAUUCAUUAGAAAUACCACCGAAACCUAUUCUUUCUUCUCCAACUAGAUCAUUACCAGAAUCUUCAUCUUAA